AUGUAUAAAGCUAUUACAUCAUUUUGGUCUAAACCAACAUCAUCAACAAAAACUCAAUUGUCAUCAGAUAAACCUAUUGAUGAAGAUAGUUGGGUAUUUGUUUCGGAUACGGUAAUACCAUCAUCAAUAAAAUCUAAUAAUUCAAUGACAAAUAGUUGGAUAGAACCAUUGUCUAUACAAAAAACUGACGAAUUACAAACUCAUGUGCAUCAUUUUAAUCCAAUUGAGAAUUUACUUAUUGAACAUGCGAGUAUGAGUGUUUAUGAACAAAUUGCUUCGAAAACACGAAAUAGACGACAAAAAAAAUUUGUUAAUGAUUAUAAACUUGAGGAACAAAUUGAAGACGUAGAAGAACAAGAUGAUGAUGAUGAUGAUGACGAUGAUAGAACAUCAAUGAAUCACCAUCCUCCAAAUUUAACUUCAAUACAUCCUCGAAAUAUAAAUAUUUCGACAAAUUCAUUCAUAACAACUGUUGAAUCAUCAACAUUAUCAUUGACUGCUCAUCAUCGUCAUUUACAACGUUCACAUCAACGACGUAAACGAUCAAAUAAAUCAUCAUCAUCAUCAAAAUUAAUUCUACCAAAUACAAUUGAUGAAUCAAAACAAGAAUUUAAUGAAAAUCUUGAAUUACAUCAUGUAUAUACACAUAAAAUUCAUCUUCAACAAACUUCUCAUUCCAAUAAUUAA